AUGCCAGCCCUUUGCAGUAUAGCAGCUAAACAGAAGCUGUCUGUCCAGAAGCUAAUAGGUACUUAUUAUUUGCUUUCAUCUCUGUUACCAACAUUUUUAGAUGUGGAUCUGACAAUAUCACAUAUAAAAUGUUUUCCCAAGGACGUUCUGGUGAAAUUUCAAGGCAGAAAUAAUAGUGAAUGUGAGCUUGACUACCACAUAUUGCAGAGGGAAAUAGAGCAUAUUCCAAAAGUAAAAAAUAAUGUGGACAUUGAUGAAUUUUGUUUGGUAGAAAAAAGAAUAUCAGGAGAAUGGCAGAGAAGAGUUGUGGAAAAGAUAAAUGAUCUGUAUACUGUGCUCCUCAUAGAUCGCGGAGAAGAACUGAGAGUUGACAAUACGCAGGUUGCUUCAGCCUGUGGCAACUUAUUUGAUCUACCACCACGGGUAAUGUUUGGCAUUUUUGCCAACAUAUUACCAACUGGGGAAAAAUGGUCUCCUAAGGCUUUGAAUUACUUCAAGUCAUUGGUAGGACUACAAGUGAAAGGUUGUGUACAAGCUAUUUUGCCUCUUCAGAUGAUUCUUCUUGAAGUGCCAAAAAUUAUAUCCCAGGUUCUUGAAUUACAGUUAGGGAGACUUAUUGAUGGAGAUUCAUUUUGUCGUAUUGUGGAAAUGGUAAAAGAAUCCCCCAAACAAAUGCCAGAUUCAUUACAACAUAAAAGACCUGAAUUAUCAUUAAGUAAUAAUGAUACUUUACUUGAUAUUCAACAUGUUCUGGAUAAUUUGCAACCAUUUUUGUCAGUGGGCAGUAUUGAAAGUGUAAAAGUAUCAUCUGCCGUGACCCCAAGUACAUUUUAUUGCCAACUAAUUAAAUGGAUUCCAGAGUUAGAAAACUUGACAGUGUGUUUGACUUUGCAUUAUGAUAUUAUCAGUCAAGAAGGUAGUCCCACAUGUGAUAAUUUUGGAGUACUUUGUGUUCCCAAAAGGAGAAAUGGACAGUGGCAUAGAGGAAUUCUUCAGCAGCUUUUGCCCAAUAAUCAAGUGAAAAUUUGGCUUAUGGAUCAUGGCAGUAGUGAGGCUAUACCCUCAAUUCACGUAAAGAAACUUAAACAGGAUUUUAUUUUAGUACCAUUAUUUUCAUUUCCAUGUUCUCUGACAUAUUUACACAGUCGAGAUGCAAGAAAAUUUCAACUAAGUGUAUUUAAACAAGGCUUGUUAGGACAAAUAGUAUAUGCACACCUUGAUUGGUUCAGUAAGGAUGAGCAUUUGUAUUAUGUAACAUUACAAACUCAAGAGUCUACAAUUACUUCUAAGUGUCUGCUAAAGACCGUAGGCACACAAGUACUUCGUCCAGUGUCUGAUUCAAAAAUCUCUAAUAUGUUGAGGCAGACUAGUGCCUCAGAUGUAAACGGCUUUGCAAUUGAGAGUUUUAUUGCAAAUACUGAAUGGUCGAUAGAUUCUCUAAAUAAAAAAGACACUUUGAAAGUAGAUUUUCCUAUUAAAACUGUAGAAAUGGAGAUAGAAGCUGUCUACGUAGCUUUUGUAGCAUAUGUAUUAAACCCAUCAAAUUUCUAGGUACGUACUAAUGAACAUCAGAAUGAAUUUCAAGUUAUAAUGAAAAAUAUAAACAAAUUUUAUGAUUUGUGUGAAAAUGAUGAAAUGAUUCUAAGAAAUCCAGGACCUGGAUUAUUUUGUUGUGCUAGAUACAGCAAGGACACUUUUUUUAGAGCUGUCAUUACUGAAAUUAAUGGUUAUAAAAUUAAUGUUUAUUUCUUGGAUUACGGAAAUACUGAUUCCAUACCAUUUUUUGAUGUAAAAAUUUUGCUUCCAGAGUUUUGUGAGUUGCCUGUCUUAGCCAUGUGCUCUUCACUUGCAUAUAUAUUUCCUGUUGAAGAUUUAUGGGUGAAGGCAGCAGUUGAUUACUUUAAAAAAUUAAAUAUACUGUAAAUUGUCUUGAACAAAGCAAUUUUGCUUCAAGUUAUAGCAAAAAAAGAUGAGAAAUAUACUGUAAAUAUUCAGAAUAUUGAAGCCUCAGAAAAUAUUGAUGUUGUCUCUCUUAUGUUACAAGCUGGAUAUGCAGAAUAUUGGGAAGUAGAACCAGAAUGUUGUCCAAAAUCUGUAAGUGAAUAUUCAGUGUUAAAUUUAAAAUCUAAAAAAGUAGAUAUUAAGAAAGUCAUAUCUGCCCUUCUUGAAGGACCUAAACCUAAAAAGUACCAUUCAGAUAAGCUAAAAGGAAGUAACUUUUCUUUGUUAAAGUCCCCAGCUGUUAACUUCCUAGAUUUAAAAAACUCUUUCACCUUAUCUGUGAGACCUGAGUCAUGGCCUUAUAAAGAAUAUGUGUUUAAACCAGGAACAGUCCUUGAAGUUAAGUGUUCUUAUUAGUGUGGCCCAGGUGACUUCUCAUGCCAGCUGCAAUGUAAGUUAGAAGACUUAAAAUUACUAAUGGAACAACUUCAGGAUUAUUAUAGUGUUCAUUCUGAUCCUUAUCAGAUUGGGCAGAUUGCUCCACAGCAUGUGGGAUCUUCCCAGACUAGGGCUUGAACCUGUGUCCCCUGCAUUAGCAGGCGGAUUCUUAACCACUGCACCACCAGGGAAGUACACUUAGAUUAUAUUAAAACUCUUUUUAUAGUAUUAAUCAUUUCCAUAACAGACUUGUUUCUAAGCAUUCUUCAGCUGCAACCUGUAAAUUUUGAAGUGUUUUCAUUUUUGAAGUUAUUUUCUAAUAUCUUUUAA